GUGUUCGAUGCGUAUAUUGGGUCGUUAACAAAAUAGACAUUUAUAGGUAGUGAAUUUUUAUGUAGAGUUAAUUUUCACCAUUUGCAUACAAUUCCUCAGUCAAUAUUUUCAGGCACCAGGACGAAAUUUUAGGAGCGUGAACAAACUUGUAAAAUAUACGUCGCCUUUUUGAUCUUUUUUUGUCGCCGCAUAAAAAAAUGCUUAAAUACUUUAUAUGCCUUUCUUCACCAAGCUAUACAUGUUAUUAAAAUCUGUUUGAAAUAUGGGUGUACGACGCUAGGAUUAUUACUUUGCUAUUUGACUUGUGUGGAACGGUUCUAUAUAUUUUCGAACAAGUGUUGUUAUUGAUGAUGUACGGACAAAACGUUUUCGUUGCGUGUUCUGCAAUUAUACUUGCCUUAUUUUUAGGCAAAGGUUAUGCCAUCCAAUGCUACAGUUGUACCGCAUCCUCUAAUACGCCGUCUAACGGUUGCGCUACUGGAGCUCUUUCGUCGACUUCAAAGGUUUCCUGCCCGGCUGGACGAAGAUAUUGCUUAACGACUACGAUAUACACAACAGGUUUGGGCAUAUCGACCGUCUCAACCGUGCGAGGAUGCUCCGCCGUUCCUAACUCGGGCACACUUUGUUCCAACAUUGGAGGAAUGACUUCCAGAGCAUACUACUCAACAUGCUCUACAGACAAUUGCAACAUUGGAACUAUUCCAAACAGGGGGUGUAGUAGCUCUUCGGGCACCGGUGAAGAUACAACUAGCUCUGCUGUAAAGAUUGCUGGCGGUUACAGCUUCAUAGCAUUAUCUAUGCUGGCUGCUUUACUUGCAGUUCAAAAUCUUAUGUAACUACCAACCAAAUCUAAACAAAUCUAUUAUUGUAGUGUAAUAUUUUUUACUCUGUAUAAUUCUUAUGUAGUAAUAAUUGUUAAGAAAUGACAUAUCGCGUGAUAUAAUUAUUAGAGGAUCUAAUUUUAAUAAUGCUGUAAUUUAAAACUUGUUAAUAAACAUAUUUUGCAA